AUGGGAGGGACUGGUCGUGGACUGCUGGUCCUCCUCUUGUCUGCAACGGUCUCUCUCCUGGGUGGACUGAUAUUUGGAUACGAGCUGGGCAUUAUCUCCGGUGCGCUGCUGCAGUUGCAGAUAGACUUUCACCUCAGCUGCUUCAAGCAAGAAGUUCUUGUGAGUGCCCUCCUCAUCGGAGCUCUCCUCGCCUCUCUGGUUGGGGGGGUUCUCAUUGACCGCUAUGGACGGAGGAGAGCAAUCCUGGUCAGCAAUUUGGUCCUGUUGGUUGGCAGCCUUGUUCUCACACUGUCAAGGUCAUUUCUUGGGCUGGUCAUUGGGCGCAUGACCGUGGGCUUUGCCAUCUCUGUCUCAUCCAUGGCCUGCUGCAUCUACGUCUCAGAAAUGGUGGCUGCUCAUCAGCGAGGGCUCCUGGUGUCUCUCUACGAAGCAGGCAUCACCGUAGGCAUCCUACUGUCCUAUGCACUGAAUUACAUCUUUGCGGAUGUGGAUGAGGGAUGGAGGUACAUGUUUGGACUGGCCAUUGCUCCGACAACCAUGCAGUUCCUCAGCAUCCUCUUUCUCCCAGUGAACCCUGUUAAAUUAAGCUCAUGGGACUCAGACUGCCAGAAGGGCCUCAUUCAACUGCAGGAUGUUGAGGACAAAGCAGCAGGAAAGAGGGAGCCCUACAAGAAGGAUUACUCAUUUCUUGACCUUUUCAAAACCAGAGACAACAUGAGAAGGCGGACUCUGGUGGGCUUGGGACUGGUGCUCUUCCAGCAGUUCACUGGGCAGCCCAAUGUGCUGGGCUAUGCCUCCAAAAUCUUCCACUCAGUGGGGUUCCAGAGCAACUCCUCAGCGAUCCUGGCCUCUGUUGGGCUGGGGGCAAUAAAGGUGGUGGCCACGUUUGUCGCAAUGGCCUUUGCAGACAAGGCUGGCAGGAGAGUGCUGCUCAUGGCUGGCUGCGUGGUGAUGGCCAUCUCUGUCACCACCAUCAGCCUCACCAGCCGCGCUGCUCCACUGGCCAUGUCCAGGGACUGCAAAGCAGCCGCAGACCCCAAUGGAUCCCACAGCCUCACCCAGCACCCCCUGACACCUCUAGUGUCCCAGUCGGCUGUAUCACCCAUCCCACCAGCAUUAGAUGCUGUCAGAAGUCAGGCAGACCCUGGUUUCGCUGCCACAAGGAGCCUUCCAAACGUUUUCAUGAGCACUCGAAGCAAAGAGGUUGUUCCUGAUUCUUCCCUCGCUCGGAAAAGGGGCUUGGUAGGUCAGUCCAAAAGAGAGACAGUGGCAAGCACAGGCCCUCCGUUUGGUGGUGCUCCCUGGGCAGAACAUAUGGUCUUAAAUUGGAUUACGCUGCUGAGCAUGAUGGCUUUUGUGAGCGCCUUCUCAAUUGGAUUUGGACCAAUGACCUGGCUGGUCCUUAGUGAGAUCUACCCUGCUGGGAUAAGAGGAAGAGCCUUUGCCUUCUGUAACAGCUUUAACUGGGCUGCUAAUUUACUGAUCAGCCUCUCCUUCCUGGACCUUAUUGAUGCCAUUGGUUUCUCUUGGAUGUUUCUUCUCUAUGGACUGAUGGGAGUGAUGGCUGUUAUAUUCAUUUACCUUUUUGUUCCGGAAACAAAAGGACAGUCCUUAGAGGAGAUAGACCAGCAGUUCUCCAGGAAACGGGUGUGGGAAGGAAACAUGUUGAAGCAGAAGCGUGGAAGAGGAGCGAGCUGCACACACGCGCUGUACCAGAGAGUGGAACGUGGCAGCAGUACAUGA